GAUGCAGAUGGGGACCAGUCCAACAUGCACAUUUUUGCAUUGUUGGCCCGAAUUAAGGUCGGUGAAGGUUGCCGCUGCUCUCCGUCCAUGAAGUGUUGUCCGUUACUGUGACCAUAGAGCUUGGCUGGUCAACAAAUACACAUAGUGCUUGCUGGGGGCAGGACAGUUGGCAAAAUGACCAGGUCAGGAAACAGAAAGUCAAGAGGAAAAAAGCAGGACACAUUGCCCAAACAACUUCCAGGCAACAAAUUCGAUGAAAUAUCCUUAAAGGAAACACCUGAGUCAUCUGAGAACAGAAAAGUUGCGGACUCAGUAGACAGGAAUGGAAAUCCUGGUGUACCAAGCGCUCCAUCAGAUUCUAAAUCAUUGGUCAGACAGAUGAGCAUGCCUAGCAAAAAGAAAACUCAGAAGCAAAAGUCAUCUGGUAUACAUGUAGUCAUUAGCCAGGAAGCAGUUGACAGUGAUCACGAUGCUCGUGAUGAGGUUAGUCUUAACUUCAAGGCCAGGAGUGCAAAAAAAGCGGCAUUAGGAAACACUGAUGAUAUUGUUUCUGGAAGCACUACAUCUAUGGAGAAACAAUUUAUCCAUGACAAGAUCAAAACACCUGUGCUUAAGAAAACAAGGACUGUCAAAGAGAACCAGAAAGCUGACAUUAGGUCCAACAAGACUCAUGAUGAUACUUCAAGAAUCAUGGAUAUAUCAGGAGAUCCAACACCUGUUCAAAAAUCGGAUGAUGUUGCCUUGGAAACCGGUUGGGCAGAAGAAAAGACCAUAGAGGGCAAACAACCUAAUGCAUGCACUUCGGAGGAACAAGCUGGUGUUCGACGGAAGUCUUCGAGUAGGAAAAGAAAAUCUUCUCAACAGAAGAAUGAUAUCCCAUUAAAGAAGUCAGUCAAAUCAGAUCACAUAUUUUUCUACUGUGGAAACUUACCACCUGGUGUUACCAAUGAGACGCUCCGAUUCUUUCUUGAGGAGGAAGGCAUUCACCCAAAAGUCACUCUCAAAAGAAUGAAGGGGCAGAAUGCUGCAUCCACCGCUACACUGACAGCAAAGCAGAGACUGUACAAAAAGAAUCAGCUGAAAGCAGCCAAAGCUGUCUUUGCAACAGUAAUUGUAAAAACAGAAGAAGAUGCCAAGAAGAUGUUGUCCCUAAAUGGCAUUAGUAUGCCCUCUCCAUCCAACAAAGACUGGGAUACACAGCUUAAGAUUAUUAGACGGCUGCCAAGACCUGACAAGUUUCCUUACAAGGUUCAUAUUGGGAAUCUUCAUCCUGCAAUCACUGAAGAAGAAUUGACACAGUACCUGGAGAGCCAAGGUGUCAAACCAGGACAUGUUCUUAUAAUUCGCACUCAGAGGACACAGAAGUCAAGGAGGUAUGGCUUUGUCUGGUUUAGGUCUGUACCUGAUGCAGACAAAGCAGUUGACCUUCCUGCACCCAUCAUACGCGAUCGCCAACUAGUUAUCCAACAUAGCUUCAAGAAGAGGUUUAAGAAUUUCUAGAAUUGCUCUUCCAUGCUGCUUCAUUAAAAACUUGUCUCUGAUGGGCCGAGUGCUGGGAUUUUUUUAAAUUAAAUUUUGCCUUUCAUUGAAUAGUAGUUGAAAUAAUUUGAACUAACCUUCUUGAGAGACUGCUCUGGAGCCUGGACAUUUAAGAUUGAAAGUAAGUUACUGCUUGUUGACACACCCACAUCUUGGAUGGCUGGGCAUUAAUUCCAGGAUUAUAUUAUUGUUAUACCCUAACUUGGCACACUUUGAAUUUUGCCUCCGGUGUCUUAUUGGAGCAAGAUUUACCUCAGAUUUCUCGAGAAGAAAUUUCAAUCAACCUCCCAAUAUUCAGAUUCAUAUGUCUCAAGUUUACUUACCUUCUUUAAGUCCAGAGGAAAUUUUAGUUUGGCCUGAUUUUCCUUUUUUUUUCUUAAUUGCAAAAUGAAUGCUUUUAAAAUCCACCCAGAAAUAUAAAAAUAAUUUUCCAACACACUUGUAGUUAGAUUUGUGGAAGUUAUAAUAAUAGAUUAGAAUUUAUUAACUUAAAACAACCUCUUGUUAGCUUUCUGAGAUUCAAUUACACAGCAUUAGGGGACACUCGGCUGAAUUCGUACUCAAUUUCUGGACAUGACAGUUUUUUAAUUUCACACUAAAUUUCUGGACUGUGGCAUUGUUCACAAAGGUUAAAAGCCUGAAUCAUGACAUGACAUAUUAAUACCAGGAUUUAACCAAGUGGAAUUAAGGUUUUUCAACAAAGAGGUUCGGCAAUACUGAGGAAAUUCAAAUGAGUCAAAGUGCACCACAUUAGGGGAUGUUACCAUACUUCUACCAUUUAUGUGCACACUCAAGGAAAUUUAUAUUAUAGUGCAUGGCAUCACCAGGUUCCAAUACACAUACUGUACACAUUAUCUUGACUAAGGCCUUGGUGUUCAUCCAUUUUCAUUUAUUUGGUUUACAAGUAAUUUGUUUUUUCUAGUCAGUAAAACUUGCCCAAGGAAGACUGACACAUGCAUUUUACGUAAAAAUUUGAUGUUAAUUUUUUUCUCUGAUCUCCAUCACCAUGGGCAGAAAUCUCUCCUUGACUGUGAGGGGGGCAUCAAUUGAAACUUUUUUGUGCACACCAUGUUUAUUUCAUUAUCUUACUCCAUUUGUAAAAACUCAAAAAGGGAAAAUCCUUGAUCCAUCAAUUCCUUUAGUAUUUUGUUUUGCUUAAACCAUGGAGGGGACAUUCAACUUUGUGUCCCCUUGUACCAAAUUCAUGGGGGACGUGUCCCCCUGUCCCUUCCGCCCAUGUCCAUCACUAUGUCCAUGAAAGUUUCAUUAUGCAGCACACACCAGCAAGCUUUUUGCGAUACUAAAUACUUCAGCUGAUCAGCCUUCUACGUUGGGAAAACGUAACAAAAUCAUCAAUUACACUUACUUUGGGAUACCAGACUUGUUGAGUUAUACAGUCAAUGUACGAAAUACCCAGGUGGCUACAUUUUAGUAUCUAGAAGUAUUAAAGAUAUUAAGUAUACAUAAAUAAACUGCAUGAAUUUCUAUAUCCUCCAAAUUUGCAUAUGCUUGCAUUUUUCUUGUGCAGGUACACAUUUGAUCUUAAAGUGCAAGUCUUUUCUAAAACCAACCUUUUUCAUGUGCAAAUUCAUUGCUCCCAAUGGGUUGUACAGUUUGUAUUUAUCUCUCAAAGGUUUGAGUUGUAUACAUCACUCACAGAAACACAAAUUGUAGAGCCAAAUUUGAAAAUAGCAGCAGUCAAGCUGUGAAUGUUUGGUACCCAGAAUAAUUCUGCCAUUUUUGAGAAAAACACAUUUUGGAAUGCAGAAGCGUCUCAAAACUUGCUUUUCAGGUAUGUGUUUUACUGCGUAAAGUGGGGGUACUGUGUCAUUGGUGUGUGUGUGUGUUAUAUUAAGCUGCUUACUGAUAUGCUUCCAAGUAGACUGAUCCCUUCAGACUUGGGGCAUGGUUACAAACCAACCUAUUACCAAUACAUCAAUACAAUCUAUGUUAAACAAGGUGUUAAGUGGAAAAGUAGUGGAGGUGGUCAGGUCCACACUGUGUCUGAGUACAGACUGUCCUUUUUCUGGCUUUUAAUGCCAUAUUUGUACAGUAAUUUUUGACAUGAUUUCAUAGUAACAAAUAAUGUUUCCAACCAGUGUCUAAUUCAAGUUGCAAAACUCAGGAUGUGGUAUCAUACGUGAUUUACAUUUAUACACUACACAUCAAGGCAGAUGUGAGUGAGCCAUUUCGAUAACAAAAAUUUUUUAUAGCAGGUAAUUUGGAUCAGAUUUUGGUAAAUUCACCACAAAACUGCACUGUUACAACACUGAAUAAGGAAAUUAAUAAAGUAUAAAUGCAUUUGUCCUUUA